AUGGCUAAAGUCCAAGGAAUCUGCGACCCCCGCUUCACCGCGGUCAAAGACCUCUUCCAGUCCUACCUUGACUCGGGAGAGGAGCUUGGCGCCUCCAUCUGCGUCAACCUCGACGGAAAAGAUGUCGUCGACAUCUGGGGCGGUUACGCAGAUGAAGCUCAUACCCGCUCAUGGGAGAAAGAUACUGUAACAUGUAUCUGGUCCUCCACCAAGACUGUCUGCGCCUUGGCGGCUCUCGUCUGUAUUGACCGCGGGCUGUUGGAUCCGUAUGAGAAGGUUUCAAAGUACUGGCCCGAAUUCGCUGCGAACGGCAAGGAAGGGGUGGAAGUCCGACACUUUCUUUCGCACGCGAGCGGGGUGAGUGGAUGGGAGGAACCCAUUACUUUAGAAGAUAUGUGCGACAUUGAGAAAAGCACAAAGUUACUCGAACAACAAGCCCCAUGGUGGGAACCCGGCAAAGCGACUGGGUAUCACGCUUGGACAAUGGGUCAUCUCAUCGGCGAACUAGUCCGCCGUGUAACUGGAAAGCCUAUCCAACAAUUCAUCACCGAUGAACUCGCCCGCCCACUCACCGCAGACUUCCAGCUCGGCAUUCCUGAGAAAGAGUGGAACAGAGCCCUUGCAAGCGACCCAAACAACCUUAUGUACAAGACACUAGGCAAAAACCCCGGUAUAGAAGCUAACUGGGCCAACCAACCGCUCUUGAGGAACUCUGCGCUCGCUGCAGGAAACGGCUACAGCAAUGCCCGCGCACUCGUCCGCCUCCUCUCGAUCAUCUCCCUGCAAAACCCUUCUUUCCUCUCCACCAAAACUCUUGACCAGAUCUUCUCGACUCAGCAAGAACACAAGGAUCUCGUCAUACCCACGAAAGUACGUUUUGGACUGGGUUUCGCGUUGCCGGCUGAAGGAACCAUGAUGGCGAAUUUACCACAGGGACGUGUGGCGAGUUGGGGUGGGUGGGGUGGUAGUCAGGUUAUUGCUGAUGCAGAUAGGAGGAUGACUUUUGGAUAUGUUAUGAACAAGAUGGAGUUGGCCGGCUUGGGACAGCAGGAGGGGGGCAAAGGGGGUAUGGGCAAUGCGAGGACCAAAGCAUUUGUUAAUGCAGUCUACGAGGCCUUGGGUUUUGUGGCUUAA